GGCUCGUGUGUUGAUUCCUCUUUCUCUUUAUUUCUCUCUCUUGUCCACACGUACCUCACCAGUUUAACGCCUCACAAUCGCAAACCUGAGGCGACAGAGGAGCCGCGCCGUGCCGUGCCGUGUCGUGUUGUGUCGGGUCGAGCCGUGCUGGAAUAAACGACAGGAGGGACAUUGUUGCAAACAAAUGAGUAACAGUGCAUCAUUUGUUCGACUCUUCGUGGGGCUCAUUCUCACUGUGACAGGUGCACAUUCCUCCUGUCCUGUUGAGCUGAGCCCCUCCAGAGUCGUGGUGAGAUAUGGAGACUCUGUGUCAGUGAACUGCAGCACAUCAGAGACCCACUUCGAUGGGAUCGGAUGGGAGUCUCCACUAGGUGGCAGAAACACAGAGAAGGUCAACCAUCUGACCUGGACUGUGAAGAACCUCACGCACUGGGACAUCUCACCAUUCUGCUUCAUAACCCCAUCACCAAAUUCAACAUUCAGUAUGUGCUUCAAGUCAGCAGAGGUUGUCCUUUAUUCAUUCCCAGAAAACAUCGACAUUCUCACUAAUCAUUCAGCUGAUUCGAUGGAAGAAAACAAGGAGUACGGCUUCACAUGUGUCAUUAAGGAUGUAGCACCGGCUAACAGUGUCACCGUCAGAUGGUACAAAGGAGAUACACUGACCUCUGAAGAGACUUUUGAUGUGCCACAAAAGGGACCAGCAAACCUGUCGUCUGUCUACAAACUUAACUCAACAAGACGAGACAACGGAGUCUCAGUCAGAUGUGAGGCACAUAUGGACCUGGGGCCAGAAGGACCAAAACUGAAUGUAUCAUCACAAGAGAUAAACGUCACAGUUUUCUAUGGACCAGACCUUUUUUGCUCUGUCCUCAACACAGUGGAAGGGGACACAUUUGACCUUUGUAAUGCGACAGGAAACCCAACCCCCACACUCACAUGGUGGAAAGAUGGACACCCGAAAAACAUGAGUGUCCCUUUGAGCAGGGAGGACACAGGACAGCUUGUUGUCAAAGCUAUGGGCUUUUCAUCAGUGACAAAGGAAAUCCAGAUAUCGGUGCAGUAUGGACCAGAGUUAAGUUGUCCGAUCACUUACACUGCAAUCGAGAACACUUUUGACAAACCGAACUGCACUGCAGUUGGCUUUCCUAUUCCGAUAAUGCAGUGGUUCAAAGAUGGAGAGGAGGUGGUACUUCCACAGACCCUGACAAGAAAUGACGCUGGGCAGUACACGGUCAUCGCUAGUUCCUCUUCACUUGUCAACGCCACAGUGGAUAUUAUCAUCCAAUACGCACCGUCACAGAUACUUGAGCUCGAAGACUCUGAAGUGGAGAUUGGCUUAAAUGUGUCGCUAAAAUGCUCUUCCAUGGGAAACCCACGAUCAAAUUACACCUGGAUUUAUUUCGAGGUGGCCAAUGUGAUGGAGGAAAAUGUUGAUGGGGUGUCCCUCCUGCACAUCCACAAUGCUACCGCAAGCAACAUGGGCGACUACAUAUGUAAGGCGUGGAAUGAGAGAGGAGCUGUGACUAAAACAGUCAAAGUCACAGUAAAAGGUGCCGAGCAAGAAUGCCCCAUUGAAAUAACUCCACAAAGGAUGGUAAUUCCUUACAAAGGAAGGAGCGAGACUGCAGUGUGCAAACCGACGCCCAUUGGUGCCAAUAAUGGCGCCGACAUAAAGUGGCAGGACGUGUGGGGCAAAAUAUCUGCUAAAGAAUGGCGUGCUGACACCAAUGUAGACUGGGACCCAAGGCCCGCCUGUACUGCAAAAUUUCGGGGAUUACCACCUUGCAAAAAAGAUUUAAGCUUCACUCUUUACAAAACCCCAGACAGUGUCUCCAUCCUUCCUGUGCAUAACUUGAGCUCACUGGUUGAGGGCGAGGAGCUCCAGCUGCGGUGUGACGUAAUCAGAGUUGCUCCUGCACAGAAUGUCACUGUGCGCUGGUAUCAUGGGAACGACACCGUGGAACCUCUUAUCAACGGUUCAAUGCGGCUGAUGGACUGUGUCCCAAAGAACGACACAAACUGCGACAUUGGCGAGCACAGAAAUCCGCUCAGCGUGUCGUCAACCAUCAGCGUGAGGCUGGACAGAAAGCACAACAGAGCAGAGUUCAGAUGUGAGGCUCUCCUGGACCUGGGACAUAACGGACUGAAGCUCUCUCCAGAAGUGUCCAAUCCUGUCAACGUCACUGUCCACUAUAAGCCCGUCAUCAACACCACAAAGCUUCCAAACACAGUGCCAGUGAUCACGGGUUAUCACGAGGAGCUGGUGUGUGAAGCCGAGGGUCACCCUCCUCCAAAGAUCCAGUGGCUCUACAGCCCGGACAAAGCGCCUCGCGUGUCCAACGGCAUGCUCAUCGUGACUGAGGCAGGCUUUUACACCUGCAACGCCACCAACGACGUCGACUCCGCCUUCCACGUGGUCGAAGUGAUUCUAAAGGUGGACCACCUGCCGCUCAUAGCUGGAUUCGUGGCCAUCGCAGUCAUCGCCAUCUCCAUCAUCUUCCUCUUCAUUUUCUCCAUCUAUUACAAGAACACCAGGAUGCGGCACUACAACCUUAAAAACCCCAAACUCAGCACACACAAUGGUAACGUGGCUCACAAUGGCUGGGACACACAGUUACCUAUGACUAAACUCCGCCCCCUCGCUUUCGCUCUGUGUGCUGCUCAUGACGAACUCGAGUACUUUUCUCUUUUUUUUUUACAUAAGGGGAAUUUACGAGGUGCACAUGAACGCACCACUCGCGACCUCCAGUCCCUCUCUCUCGCUGAACUUCUUGAUUUCUCACCAGUAUUUUACGGGUGCCCGCACGCACGAACAAACAUGUGGCUUCUCAUAUUCGGCAGCGUAAUAGCGAGUACAGGAACGUUUGUGAGUGCCGAUCAGAUGUGUCAGCUCCACCUGAGCCCUCCUCGGGUCGUCGUGGCGUAUGGAGACCCGAUCUCCGUCAACUGCAGCUCGUCGUCCAACCAGACGAAGGGAAUAGGCUGGGAGUCUCCACUUGGCGGCAUAGGAUUCCAGCAAGGCUUCUCGUUCCUUACGCUAAAAAUCGACAAAGUCAGCCAGUGGUCGUUUGACGCCAUGUGCUACAUCAGUCAUUUCAGCGAUAUUCAGUGUAUUGAACAGCUGCCGGUCAAGGUUUAUAAAUUGCCAGACGAUGUCUCCAUGACCGUGCUGACUCAGACCAGUUCGAUGGUGGAGGGUUCAACGUACCAAAUGCAGUGUGACGUUACAAAUGUCGCGCCGGCACAGAACCUCACUGUGUACUGGCACAAGGGGAACAAGGUCCACCCGGAGACAUUCAAGGAGUCCAUUCAGUCUCCGGUCAACAAGUCAUCCGUCUACUUCAUGAGGGUCAACAGAGAAGAUAACGGAGCUCAGGUCUGGUGCGAGGCAAAGCUCAACAUGAUGCCGGCGGGAGCCGAACUGCCCACGACUAGGUCCAAGGCACAUUCACUGAACGUACUGUACCCGCCUACUUUCAAAAAGCCUGAAAAUGAGACGCUGGAGGUUCCGGCGGAGAGAAAAGUGAUCUAUUUAGACUGCGCGGCGACAGGGAACCCGCCGCCCGUCUACAGCUGGCGUUUCCCUCAGGCGUUAGAGCAGAUGGACGAGUUCAAAAAUGACAAGCGACUCGUCCUGGACAAGUUCCUUCAGUUUCCGGGGACGUAUGCCUGCACCUCGUCCAACAGCCAGGGAACGAAGACCAAAUAUAUCACGCUCGUCGAACCCCCAAGGAAUCCAUCGACAUUUGCAGCCAUAAUUGGAGUUUUUGUGGCCCUGGGAGUCGUCCUCGCCAUUGUCGGUCUACUUACUCUGACGCCUAACGGCACAUUUUCGGCCUGUAAAGGCGACUACGUCAGAGGACAACCUGCCUCAUCAGGACCUUUGGGUGCAUUCCAAGUUGGAAUUCUUCGCCUCCCCCCGGCUCACCUCCCCCCUCUGAAUCCACUGCUCACUCGGUGCAGAAAAAUAAAAAUGGGGAUCGACGUCGUGAGAUGGAUUCUGAACUUUUGCAUGUUUUACUCCGUGUCAGUGUCAGGUGAAGGCUGCUCCCUCGUCCUGAAGCCCUCCAGAGUGGUGGUGGGCUUCGGGGAGCCGGUGUCCGUCAGCUGCGAAGCCACUAGGCCAGUGCGUGUUCUGGGCUGGGAGUCGGUCAUCAGCGCCGCUCACACUCAGCAGGACCUGAGCGUCCAGUGGAAGGUCGACAGCCUCAUCGACUGGAUCGAGGAGCCCAUCUGUUACGGAGUGUUUUUCACUGCUCCAAGACAAUGUGAGGAGAAACUCAACCUCGUCCUCUACAAAACCCCGGACAGCGUCUCCAUCAGGCCUGUGAACCACACCGGCCCCAUGAUCGAGGGCAGAGAGUACCAGCUGCUGUGUGAGGUCCAAAACGUGGCUCCCGUCCAGUACCUCACUCUGAGGUGGUACCGGGGGCAGACGGAGGUUUACAACCACUCCUUCUCCGACCUCACGUCCUCCUCGCCCGUCCAGGUGUCCUCCGUUCUCCUCGUCACGCCAACCAAAGCCGAGGAUGGAGCGCAGUACAGGUGUGUCGCGGAGCUCGAGCUCGGACCGGAGGGACCACAACCGUCUCCCGCCGUGACUUCAGAGCCUCUCAACGCCUCAGUGUACUUUCCUCCAGUGUUCCUCAGUCCUGAAACACAAGUUUUGGACAUCGCAGCGGGAGCCGACGUCUCCUUAAACUGCACAGCCACAGGAAAUCCCUCCCCCAUUUACAGCUGGCAGUCGUCCCAUCCCGUGCAGCAGGAGAGGCCGGAGGACACCGCCGUCCUGACAUCGUCCUCGCUGCCGCCGGGCACCUACACCUGCACCGCCUCCAACGCCCUGGAGAAGAAGAGCAAGCAGUUCAUACUCAAGGCCAAGACCAAAGGUGUUUGAAGUGAUCUGGAGACGAGGCGUUGGACACGUGCAGAGACGUCGGCAAAUGUGUUCACAACUCGACAGAUAUUUAUAAGAGUCUGACUUUACAUCUCCCGAUGACCAGAAUAUACUUUAUUUUGUCAGUAUUUUAACAUGAACACACUCUUUCUCAGUAGAUUAUUAUUAGUUUAGGCUUUAUGUCUUUAUGCUUCCCAUGUCAUAUCCUGUUCCUAAUUUAUAUGAAUAUAUAUAUAUAUUAUUUUCCUAUCAAAACAUUUAUCUUGUAACAUAAGCGAGUAGCUGCACAAUAACAUAGAAACCACUGAAUGUUAAAGAUAAGCAGAUCAUUCCUGUAAAUAUCAACUGUUUCCUUUAAUGUCUUUAUGAAUAAAAUUAAAUUAAAAACGUU